AUGUUUGUUUCUAGGAAUCACGAUGUGAGCAGCAAAUACCUGAAGCCGACCUGGAUCCCCUACACUUCCAACAUGGUGGCAGAGGAACUCCUCUACUUCUCCCUGAGGUUAAUGACUGCUGACUGGCAGUUUGAGAGGCCCUCCAACCAUUACCGUCUAGGUGACAUCAUCAACAUGGAAGCCUCGGUCAUGCCGUACCACCACGUUCCCCUCCGUGUCUUUGUGGACCGCUGUGUCGCCACCUUGGCGCCUGAUGUUCACACUGUCCCUAGAUAUUCUUUCAUUGAGGACCAUGGGUGUCUGGUUGAUGCCAAGUUGACCGGCUCCAGCUCCCAGUUCCUGUCCAGAUCCCAGGAUGACAAGAUCCAGUUUCAGCUGGAGUCCUUCAGGUUCCAACCAGAGAAUGAUUCCCAACAGCUCUACAUAACAUGUCAUCUGAAAGCGACUGCAGCCUCGUCCCCCAUUGAUGCUGAGAACAAGGCCUGCUCUUUCACAGAUGGGUAUGUAGCUGCAGGUGGGGUUGACCAGAUGUGUGGCUGCUGUGACUCCAGCUGUGCUGCGAGGAAGGCUGGAGAUCUGGACAGUGAUUCAGAUUUGCGAUGGGAAGGUGAAGCUACCCUGGGCCCCAUAAUUGUUCAAGAGUAAUAUUACUAUUUUAACAACUGUUUUUGGGGAAAUAAACUCAUAA